CUAUCAGAUUACUUAGCGUGUGCGUGUACACGUGCGUGUAAAACAUUUUCGUAUGUCUUCUUCUUCGCUUAAGAGAUAAUCACAGCUUCUCUCUCUGACAUUUCAACCGUUUUAUUCCUCAAUUCGCGUUCGGAAACCGUAGAUCCAGGUGAUAUCUGGAAUCAUCUGAAGAAACAUUGAAGCGAAAUUGAGAUCGAAAUCGAGAUUUCGAUUGAUCCAUGAAUCCUAGAAGGGAGCCUCGUGGUGGAAGAAGUGCGCUCUUUGAUGGUAUUGAAGAGGGAGGAAUCAGAGCUGCUUCUUCUUACUCUCAUGAAAUCAAUGAACAUGAGAACGAGCGUGCCUUGGAAGGAUUGCAAGACAGAGUCAUUCUCUUGAAACGACUAUCUGGCGAUAUAAACGAAGAGGUCGACACUCAUAACCGAAUGCUUGACAGAAUGGGCAAUGAUAUGGAUUCAUCCAGGGGGUUUCUCUCAGGGACCAUGGACCGGUUUAAAACGGUGUUUGAGACAAAAUCAAGCCGAAGAAUGCUGACACUCGUGGCAUCUUUCGUGGGUUUAUUUCUAGUCAUUUACUAUCUUACUCGUUAAAUUUGGCAAACCCGAGAGUAUUCCCUCCAUCCAUCCAUGAUCUUAUGGUAUUUUCAUACUACAAUCUUAUUUCCCCCCAGUGUAAUGAAUGAUAUGCCUCUAGUGUUAUAGUGUGAUCCAGUGUUUAAGAUAAAGGACAAAAACUUAUAAAAGUUUCAUGUGAUGGAUUUUUUAGACCGAUUUACUCCUUCAAUGUGACGAAAGCAGCGAGAAAGCACAGAAUCGCGAAUUGACCGU